GGUUAGAACGGAGAAGCCAUUUUUGUUUCAUGUCUCAAAACCCUCGCUGGCUAGAAUUUGAUGCAUUUCGGGCUCUGUGAAGACACCUGACGCCUUUAUGCAUCCCAUCUGUGGAUGGGUACCAUGAAUUGUGAAGAACCAAAUGUGGAGAGGGCUGUUCUCUCAUGGUCCAGAUUUGCUUCAGCUGGACAGACGGCCCUCAAGGAGGCUUUGAAGGUCUUUAAUCCCAUUUCCCAAGACCUCUCUGAAACAGAGAGGCAAAUGGUAUCUUUUCUUCAGGCAUUAAAAGAUGAAGGACGUAAACCCGUUGUGCUAAGAAGCAAAGAUGUUUAUGGAUACAGGUCUUGCACAGCACAACCUUUCACAGCAGAGAUUGGCAAUAAGAUUCCAAGAGUACAAAAACCUUGUAAAAAACGAGGACGAAAGACUUGGAUAAAGAACAAGGAUGUCAGUUCCUCAGUUUUUGGUACAAGCACCAAGGCCAUCCUACAAAACCAGCCCAAGAUUCUACUAACCAAUCUUUCAGUAGAUACACUCAAGCAGACUGUUUCACCCAAACCAUCAGUGCCGAUUUCAAGUUCUGUUCAAGUGCAGCAGUGCCUGAAAUUAACAAACAUAAAGGGUGUUACUGGGGGCCAUACUGCAAGGCUGCAGAUUCACUUUGGUGUGGACUCGCAAAGCACAAUUAGUCCCAGUGUCCAGCGCCCACCAACUCUCUCUGGGAUACCACAUUCUCCUUCAGAAAACAUCACUCAAACGUCAAGUGUAGUAGCUUUGGACAAUAAAAGAGUUUUGUCAUGUCCAGUUAAAGUGGAUGAUGCCCUUAUUGGAGAUUCUGCCCCAAUCGUUUGUCAAAAUGGUAUUAGUCUGAAAGAGGGUAAAAAGGUCCAGAUAAUAACAGGCAAAUCUGGUGUGAUGAGCAAUGGUUUGAAUUGUAAGGACAGUGAAUCAAUGAGGAGGCUGAACUGCCAGAGUUUAAGCUGGUCUCAGCCAGCACUCGUCACAAACGGCCAAGACGUGUCUAAACUGAAUGGAAAUAGUCUUCAUGGGAAAGUCAUCAAAGUGGACGAGUCUGUCACUGAUGAGGAGGUGAGGAAAGAGGCUCAGAAGAUCUUGCGGGUCAAUUUGUCACCGGUGAUACAGAUUUAUCCACUUGUACACUCUGUAUAGACUAGAGACUUUUAUAUCCACAUAUACUAUUAGAAUUUCUUAUACCGGGGUGUUACUUGGAUCAAAACAUGAUCAUUUCUGUCUGAGUGGAAGUUUUGUCAAAAUAUGAAUUUUCACACAUAUGACCAACUUUGGUGAUCCAAAGAAGGAAAUUCAAUUAGAUUUUUUCUGUUACAGGUGUUUUUUGUUUUUUUUUUUUGUUUUUUUUUUAAAUAAACCAUGACCACAUUAUCACUAUGCAGAGGCUGCCCAAGAAACAAAAUGUACAAAUCAACCGGCUUUCUAAUUGAGACUCCAUGUAACAGAUGGAUUAGAGGGAUGACGCAUUAUAAUUUUUAUUUUAGAAAUGCCUUGGUUAUGUUUUUAUUUGUUCCCUGCAUAUGUCUGUAGGUAUAGAUUGCAUAACAUUUUAAGUUUCAAGCAAAAGGGGGUAUGGUUAUGUUUAUUCCCUAGCUAGAGUCACAGACCUGGUUGUCACAUUGAGUUUUGCUUGGCCAGCUCCAUUGUAUGUUAAAAGUUGUAUUAAAUAAGAGUGGCUCGAGUGGGAUGCAUUUUUACACAAAAGAACAUGAAAUUUGAUGCUAAAUAUUAAGUACAGAUUUUUUUGUGUGUGCCUGCAGAAUCGUUUAGAAUUCUUCCUGAUCUAAUAUAACAGCUAAUUGUCAAGCACUCUCAUUUUGAGAUCAAUCAGAAGGAAAAAUCUAAACUCAUCUGUCGUCUGUGUUUAAAGAACUAAAGCUGCAGUGUAUUUUUCAUGUUCUUUAUUUCUGCCUGUAAAAAUGCAAGAGUUGGAUCUGCUGAGAACUUGCUACUAAUUUGAAUCUUAAGUUAAUUACUGCAUAGCUGAGAUAUGGUUUCAUCUGAGACGCUGAUCUGUUCUUCCCUGCUUGUUUUCAUGCCUCAUAAAGAGCAACUGGCUUGAGGAGGGAGUAACAAAAAAAAAAAACAACAACACGAAGAUCACUAUAGACAGUGCAGGUCAGGUCUUAGCCAUGCAUAAUAAUUAAUAAAAACCUUAGCCUCCAUAUCAUUUAAUAGAGUUAGAGCACUAUACAAAAUUAAAUGGCCUUUAACACAAAAAUACAACAGUGUAUUUGAUCCUGUGCUUCUCACUCCCUUUUAAAAAAAAAAUAAAAAAAUGAAAAUACACUUGUAUUUUGGUGCUCAAUGAUUACAGUGUUGCCAUAGCCACUAGCAUUUAUAUUAAUGUAUUAAGUUUCCUGAUAUUGAUCACAAAGGGCCUGAUUUUAGCUUUCAAUAAUUCUGUUAAAUAUCGUUCUGGUUCCCAUUUUAAUUUCUUGUCUGGAUGGAAGUCAAGCUUGACAUCUUUUCAGUCAUCGGUGAUAAAGACUUGCAGUUGAGAGGUGCAUCCAGUUUUACCAAAAACCCUAAAUGUUUUGGUCUUAAGCAUCCCAGCAAUUAUUAUUAUUUUUUUUUGUCGUUCGUCCAUAUUGUUAUGGUAACAUCUCUCACCCCUCAAAAAAGACUCCCCAAAUAAAUACUGACUAAAUUGUUCAUUUUGAGGUCAUAUAUACAUAUCUAUAUUUUUUUUUUCUCCAAUGAUUCUCUAUAUACAUAGCUCAAGCUUAGAUAUGGAUGUAUUUUUCAAGACUAUUGCAGUGUACAUGUCAGCAAAUGUUCAUGGUUUUGCAAAAUCUAACUGUAAACUCAAAUACUGCUGUUUUUGCAGAACGCUUAACCUGUGUACAAGUUGAACCAUUUCUAAUGAGAGUUCACCCAUUCUUCAUGACUUUCUUAUUAGAGUAAUUUUGUGUUGGGAGAAAAGGACAUUAUGCCAGAAACCACAAAACACCUUUUUGGGGCUAUUUCAGUCUGCAACAGAAACCAGUACCGAGACAUCCAAAACAACUUCAUCUUUUAUUACUGACUAAUCUUUUUCAUUCAGCUGAAUCUGUGACCUUGAACUGUAAAAUGUCAGUGUUGUAUCCUUAGUUCUUAUUAAGAAGUUGUGAAUUAAAGUAUUUAAAAAUG